AUGGUUGUUUGCAAAGUUCCUCAGAAGUAUUACUUGGGAGGCCCUGAUGGGGAGGAGGGUUUAAGAGUGUUUUUAAGAUUGAUCUACACUCUGGACAAGUGCCACGGACUGACCCAGUCAGGGUCCCACAACUGUGGGAAAUCAGAGGUUUGGAUUUUCAGGAAGACACAGGAAAAGGAAGAAUUUGUUCAGAGCCCUGGAGAACAUGGCAUUGUGGUGUUUUCUCUGGGGUCAAUGGUUAAAAACAUAACAGAAGAAAAGUCCAAUACAGUUGCAUCAGCUCUUGCCCAGAUCCCACAGAAGGUUCUGUGGAGAUUUGAUGGUAAGAAACCAGACACCUUAGAAUCCAACACUCGACUGUACAAAUGGAUACCCCAGAAUGACCUUCUUGGUCAUCCAAAAACCAAAGCUUUUAUAGCUCAUGGUGGAACCAAUGGCAUCUAUGAGGCAAUCUAUCAUGGCAUUCCAAUUGUUGGGAUUCCCUUGUGUGCAGAUCAACCUGAUAAUAUUAACCACAUGGUAGCCAAGGGAGCAGCUGUUAGAGUGGAUGUUCAUAUACUGUCAACUACAAACCUUCUCACUGCCUUGAAGACUGUCCAAAAUGAACCUUUGUGGACCCUUUCAACUAGCCCAUGGAUGGGUCAGUUGGCGCCCAAACAAGGGACCUUGAAAACGAGGGGCAAAGUGAUAAACGCUGGUUUUUGGAGCUCCGGAUGCCUAAGUAAAAAAAAAGUGUUUGGUAACGACUGCCCAUUGCACGGAGGAAGACAAGGUAGGCAGGCAGCACAAUCAUGGGGCAGAGCAGUCGCAGGGAGUUAUUUAUGGGACUUAAAGUCAAUGCUGAUAAACGCCAGGAAUUGGGAGAAACGCCCUUAUCCCCUUUAGUUUGUAAAUGAAGUUUGUCCCUGGUUCCUAGUUGAAGGUACCGUCAAUCUGGAAACUUGGGGGAGGGUAGGAAAAAGAUUGCAAGAAUAUUACGCUAAUAAUGGUUCUGUUACAACUUUUUCUCUGUGGACUCUAAUUAGAGACAUGCUGGAUCCUAGGCAUGAGAGUGAUAAAAUUAAAAAUUUGAUCUCACAAGCUAAAGAAUUGCCUGGAGAAAUUAGAGCAGCCAAACAGGUAGAAAAAAGUACUUCUAAGGUUAUUUCAAAUGUUCAUAAAGGAGCUCAAACAUAUUUGUGUAAUUUGAGAGCAAAAAAUAAUUUAAGAGCUACAUAGUGAGGAUAAAACGGAGUCAGAGGAAGAAACUGCCAAGUCUCAUAAUUCAGACUGGCCGCGUGUGCCCUCUGCCCCCAUGGCUUUCCCUGCCACAUGUGCAGGAGAUACGUGACCACUGCAGGAAGAUAUUACUGUUCUCCAAGAGAAAGUCCAAUUAGAAAGGGAACAAAUUCAGUUAUUAAGGGAAUUAGAGAAAUUAAAAUUAAAAACAACAACAAUAAUAAUAGUAGUAAUAAUAAAUAAUAACAACAAUAAUAAAAUUGGAUUGUUUGCACUGGUAAAUUUUAAAGUCCGUUUUUUACUUUUAAAAUUAUAAAUGUGCUUUAUAAUUUCACUCCUAAAGAGCAUGCUUUGUUUUAAUAUUACAAAAACAGGUUUUAAAAAAAUAUUUAAAUGUUUAAAAAGCAGGUACCGUGGUUGUUUUUUGUCUUUGUCUCUUUUUUUUUUUUUAUUUUUGUGUGCUGGCUGUCUGUUUUGGUUUCUGGUUUUGGUUUGCUUUUGAGGUCUGGGGAAACUUGGAGAGUUUCCAAUCUGGUCAAGGGAAGAUGGAGGACGCUCCAAUUCCUGGGGAAGGGGCUUGUAAAAGCUCUACUUAUUUUGGUACCGGGAGAGAGGGUCGCUGGGACCAUAUUCUGUGUGAUAAGAGGGCUGCUGGAGCCCGCUCUUCAUCUGGAAGCUGUGGAGAGGGCCAUGGGGGCUCUGCUCCUUCUGGUAUCUAUGUGUGUGGAGGGGACCCAUGAGGGGGUCCACUCCUUCUGGAAUUUGUGGUACUUGUGUCCGGUGGGGGCUGCACAAGUCCUGGUAUUUGAGUAUUCCAGUUACUCCAAGGUGACAAUGUUGGAUUUCUAUGUUCCUUAGCUAUGUCUCUAUGUGUAUAUGUAUUUAUUUG